GCCAUGGGAGAUGCAGUGAGGGGCAGCCCGUGUGGGAGGGAGCCCGGGCGCGCUCCGGGCGUUCCCCCUGGAGAAGGGCGAAAUACCUUACGGAAAGAUAAAGGCUGAGUGCAGGGGCGUGCCGGCCCGGAUCCUGCGGGGAUCAGCGUCCCUGUGCCACGGGGUGUCCGUCCUCCUUGUGCCAUGUCCCCGGUGUUGUGGCGCCCGCUCGGUUCCCUCAGAGUGACACCAACAUGGGACAAACAGUUUCACUUUGGGAUUUUCCCUCCAAGUAAUGCAGUUAGAGAGAGAGAGAAGAAGAAAAAGGUAACCAGCCAAGAGUGUGUGCUGUCCUCUGUAUAAAGCAGCUCUUGAGCCUGUGCUGGGAUUUGUGUAGGUUGUUCCUUUGCUGUAGGAAAGAUGUAUCGCUAUUAGAUGCCAGACCAGCUGCCCUCUGUGCUAAGCUGCAACCAAAAUGGCAAAGUAUAGGCUCGUUCUCCUGAGACAUGGGGAAGGAGCCUGGACCAAGGAGAAUCGCUUCUGCAGCUGGGUGGACCAGAAGCUGAGCAGUGAUGGGAUAAAGGAAGCUCAGAACUGUGGCAAACACCUCAAAGCCCUUGGCUUCGAGUUCGACCUCGUCUUCACCUCCGUGCUGAGCCGCUCCAUCCAGACUGCCUGGCUGAUCCUGCAGGAGAUGGGCCAGGAGUGGGUCCCCAUCCAGAGCUCCUGGAGGCUGAACGAGCGUCACUACGGAGCGCUGAUCGGGCUCAACAGGGCAGAGAUGGCUCUGAAUCACGGCGAGGAGCAAGUGAAAAUCUGGAGGAGGAGCUACGAUGUCACCCCACCUCCCAUCUCUGAAUCUCACCCCUACUAUGCAGAGAUCUACAACGACCGCCGCUACAAAUGCAGUGAUGUCUCUCAGGAGAAUCUCCCAAAGGCUGAAAGUCUCAAAGAUGUGCUUGAAAGACUCCUUCCUUAUUGGAAUGAAAAGAUAGUGCCAGAACUGAAAAGUGGCAAAAUGAUUCUUAUCUCUGCUCAUGGCAACAGCAGCAGGGCGUUGCUGAAGCACGUGGAAGGCAUCUCCGAUGAGGACAUCAUCAAUGUCACCCUCCCCACUGGUGUGCCCAUACUUCUUGAACUUGAUGAGAAUUUGCACCCUCUGGGCCCUCACCAGUUUCUGGGUGAUCAAGAAGCUAUCCAAGCUGCCAUCAAAAAAGUGGAAGAUCAAGGGAAAGUAAAAUCUGCUGAGAAGUUAAAUCCCACUGUGUAACACAGCUGUGUUCAGUGUGGUAGUAAGUGACAAUGUGUGUAUGACUGCUAGGUUGCACUGUGUGAAUGUCUCAGUUUCAAGCACUAAAUAAUUGGAAGGGACAAUUGUUGAGUCUCAGGUUGAUAGUUUAACCCUCUGCCUUUUCAAAAACUGGAAUUUAGAUUGCAGCACGAGGCUUUCGAUACUGGAAAGGGAAGAGAUGAUUCAGAUCAUGGAAACUUGCAGGGCAGCCUGCCCCAGAUCCACCACUGAGGAUGGCCCAGUAGAGAAAUAAAGGGAUGUGAUAUUGGUGUCUACCAGCAAUCAGUCCUGAUCUGUUAAGGAGAAAAGCACCAGCUUACUGGAGUAAUUUAGUCCAGGAUGUAUAGGCACUAAAACUGUCACUGGAACCAGAUAACUCUGUUGCCAGCUAUGAUUUUUCUGUGUCACAGUAGCUGUGUCAAUUUGUGCUCAGUGGAUUUUCUUCAGUCUUUCAGAACACCCUCAGCUGGAUAACUCUCUGCCUUUGUUAUUUUGAAUCUUCUGUGGGCAGUUCAUGGUCCAGAGAAUUUUGUAGAGAUGUUCUGACUACUAGAGUUAUCACAGUUAUCUUUUUUUACUCUGUAUUUGUUUUUAAGGAAUGCAGAUGGAAUCCCUUUUCCUCCACCAUCUUUGCAAAGCCUAGCAUCGCUGCAUUUUGCUGGCUGGCAGUAAUAGGUUUUAAGUCAGACUUUAGUCCACAAAAGAAGCACAAAGGUUUUCUUCUGCUCAGUUUUUAAAUUCUGUAGCUCCUUGUGAGGGACCUGAAUACCUUUGAAACACUUUGGUAAGGUGUACUAGAGGUUUCAUCACCCUUUAGUCAGUUGAUAAAUAAUUCCUGCUCACCUCAGCAAAAGUAACUAGGAAAAACCCCUCUAAGCUUUCCUGAGUUGCAAAGAUAUCUUGAUAAAUGUGUCCCACAGUAACAUUAAUGUGGCAUUAUCUGUACCAAAUUCUCUGAAGGGCUGCAAGAGAUGCAUGCAGCAUGUCACAAGUGUUGCUGGGUGCAGCUUGUUCAGCCAUCCUCCUGGUAAGGAAACAUAUUCUGCCAUGCCUGAAAGAGUUCUCCUGUAAACCUCUCCUCACAGUCAUGGCUUGAUUCCUGCUGAGUGUUUGGCACUGGAUUUGACCAGUUCACCCUGUGGCUGGAUGCAGUGUAGCAGGUGUGGCAGCCUGGUGUUCUCUUUAUGUACACAAGCACCAAGAUAAUGCCACUUCUGAAGAAUUGCUCUUCAUCUAACCUGCAGACAUGAAACUGUUAAAAAGUUUACAUCUGACCCACUGCCUCAAGACCUGAGCACCUGAUUCUGACCUUGGAUAUCAACAUGGGUGACACGUGUGUGUGUGUGCUGCUUGAGCUGAAUGUGUUCUCAGCAUGGCCCAGCUACAAAUCUCAAUGUUGAUGGGAACUUCCUUGAUAUGAGUGUAAAGUUUUAAAAUCCUAGAUGAGUUGCUGGUUUGCAGUGAGCAGCUCUGUAGCUUGCUUUGUGAGUGUGAGAGGAUGUUUUUUUUUCCUUUUGAAGAGCAGUGUGACAGUGUGGUGUGCCUCUGACAGUCUUGCUGACGUGUGGAGCAAGACUUUGCAGGUCUGAUGCCAGCUCACAUUAGAGUAGCACAUACUCCAUAAAAUACUUCUUGCUAGAAGGUAGUUUCUCAUGCAUGAACGGUGCUUGGGCUUCUCUUUGGUUUUGUUUUUGUAGCCCUUGCAGUAGAAACAAAGUUACAUGUUUCUCUUUUAAACAUAAAGCUGAUAGGUUUCAUCUUUCUCUAUUCCAGAGAGGUAUUUCAAUGUUUUUUGGUUGUUUUGGUUUUUACCCUCUGAAAUGCUAUUAGCAACUUCUCUGCUACUUGAUUCGAUACUGACUUAGUUUCUGGGGUUUUAGUUUGUGCUUAGGGUAACUCUGAAUCUUAGUUGAUAGUUUACAAGUGAGUUUUACAGUGUUAGAUUGCUGAUCAGCAAAUUUCACCUGUGAAAACCCUGGGAAGGGUCACUGGCACUCAAGUGAGUAAAUUCUUCCCCAAACAUUAAUUAAUGUGUGAAGCUUAAUAUCAAGGAAAUGUUACUAUAGGCUUGUAAACAAGACUAGCAGAGCCACCUGUUGCCAGUGGGAACUGAGUGCAUCCAGGUGUGUGAGCACACAGGCCACAUCCACAUCCCUUUGGCAUUGUGGAAUUGUAGUAGAGCUGCUUCAGGAUGUGACAUGUAGCUGGAAUAUCCCUGGAAAUGAACCCAGCUGAACUGGGAGGCAGGCUCUCUCCUCCCCUUAGAAUCCAUGAUCUCCUCUGUGGGUGGAGAGGGGAACGGAAAGGUGCAUCAGGGAAUUUAGGGAGCAUUAAUUGCAGCUGAAAUCAUCCUUUGAGUCGUGGCCAGGAGGAAGAGAACAGCAGUGUGGUGUUUGCAGGAGGUGCUGUUUCUGCAGUGCUGCUUCAGAUGUGAACAGUGACAGUGCUCUGGGAAGUUUGGCUGAGUUUGCUUGGAUUGUGGCUCCACAGCGAUGACAGGAUUUUAUGUGCACAUCUGGCAGCAAUAACACCUUGCAAAAGUAUCAAAUGGAACCAACUGGGGAUUUCAUUCUGCUCUUUAGGAUUGUUUUAACACCUUGCAGUUCCAAGGAACCUUUUAUUUAAAAUCCCAAUUCAUAAGCCAUGUCUAUUGAAGACACCAAGUUCCAAGGUGUCAGACACCAAGAUCUUCAGGCAUAGCUACAUCAGAGGGAGAAAUGAGAAUCUUGCUUUAGAGAUCAGUGGUUGGGAAGCAUUUUUCCCUAUGUUUGAGUGUUCCUCAAAAUUCUAUAAGGUAAAUGGUGUUUUUACAGUUAAUGGAUGUGGUUGAUUUGGUUUGUUUUAUGCAUUUUUAACAUGUGGUUCAGUAGCAGUAAUAGCUCUAGAUCCUCUUGAAAACCUUUGUAAAUAUGGUGGAGCUGGCAGGUUCUUUAUAACUCAAUAAAUUCACCUGAAAUAGAA